CCGAAAAACCGAGAUGGAAUAUCCCAGUCUUAACCGGUUUCAACCGGUCUUGGGUUUGAAGCAUGAGAUGAGAGGAAGAGCUGGCUUACACGCUCUUACACAGCCCUGCUACCAAAUAUUAUAUAUGAAUAGAACAAAUAAUAAACUCAAGAUUAUUUUAUGAUUAUGAACCGGAAUAACGUAAUACGUUUGACUCCGUAAAUUGUUAGCCAGCUAGCAUAGGGAACCAAAGUCUUAAUUGACUUGUGCAUUAGAAGGCUAACUUGUUAGCACAACCGUUAUAGCUAGCCGUCAACGACUUAAUCAAUUCUAAUUUACUAGUCCGUAGACAUACAAUUGUUUAGCUCUAUGGUGAAUUGCUUUAGGCAAAUUAUUCUACUGAAACGCCGAUAUAUAUUGUACAGCUCGGCGUGUAAUCACUGAUAGCAGGACAUCACUCAUUUUGCCAGUUAGCCAGGAAGCUAGCUAGCGAAUGUCAAACAGAUCGGUAACAUGUGCCAUGCAUGAGAAUAGCCUAACAACUACCAGACAGACUAGAUAGAUCUAAAAUAACAAAAAAGUCUUAUUUCACUACAGGGGACAGUCUAAAUAAACAAGGGAUCUAUGCCAGCAAAUAUGACAAUGUUGGCGGAUCAUGCAGCCCGACAGCUGCUCGACUUCAGUCAAAAACUGGACAUUAAUCUCCUGGACAAUGUUGUCAACUCUAUGUACUAUGACAUUGGAUCACAGCAACGGAUGGCGCAGGAGGUGCUGACCAGCUUGAAGGAUCACCCAGAUGCAUGGACACGAGUUGACACCAUCCUGGAGUUCUCUCAGAACAUGAAGACUAAAUACUACGCACUGCAGAUUCUGGAAACUGUAAUCAAAACACGCUGGAAGAUUCUCCCCAGGAAUCAAUGUGAAGGAAUAAAGAAGUAUGUGGUGGGACUGAUAAUCAAGACCUCAUCUGAUGCAGCAAAUGUGGAGAAAGAAGGAGUGUACAUUGCAAAACUCAACAUGAUUCUUGUACAGAUCCUGAAGCAGGAGUGGCCCAAGCACUGGCCCACCUUUAUCAGUGACAUUGUGGGAGCCAGUCGCACCAGCGAGAGUCUAUGUCAGAACAACAUGAUCAUCCUGAAGCUGCUCAGCGAGGAGGUGUUUGACUUCUCCAGUGGACAGAUGACCCAGGUCAAGGCCAAGCACCUGAAGGACAGCAUGUGCAAUGAAUUCUCUCAAAUAUUCCAACUCUGCCAGUUUGUUAUGGAAAACUCCCAGAAUGCCCCUCUGGUCCAUGCCACACUAGAGACUCUCCUGCGGUUCCUGAACUGGAUUCCCCUGGGGUACAUAUUUGAGACCAAACUGAUCAGCACUUUGGUUUACAAGUUUUUGAACGUGCCCAUGUUCCGCAAUGUGACGUUAAAAUGCCUGACAGAGAUUGCCGGCGUGAGCGUCAACCAGUACGAGGAGCAGUUUGUCAACCUGUUCACCCUCACCAUGUGUCAGCUCAAACAGAUGCUCCCCCUGAACACAAAUAUCCGCCUGGCCUACUCAAACGGCAAGGACGACGAGCAGAACUUCAUCCAGAACCUCAGCCUGUUCCUGUGCACGUUCCUCAAGGAGCACGGACAGCUGGUGGAGAAGAGGCCCAACCUCCGGGAGACACUCAUGGAGGCUCUGCACUACAUGCUGCUGGUGUCUGAAGUGGAGGAGACAGAGAUCUUCAAGAUCUGUCUGGAGUACUGGAACCACCUGGCUGCUGAGCUGUACAGGGAGAGUCCCUUCUCUACCUCCACGUCCCCCCUGCUCUCUGGGAGUCAACACUUUGACGUGCCCCCACGCCGGCACCUCUACCUGCCCGUCCUAUCCAAGGUGCGCAUGUUGAUGGUGAGCCGCAUGGCCAAGCCGGAGGAGGUGCUGGUGGUGGAGAACGACCAGGGGGAGGUGGUCCGGGAGUUCAUGAAGGACACAGACUCCAUCAACCUCUACAAGAACAUGAGGGAGACACUGGUCUACCUGACCCAUCUGGACUACGCAGACACGGAGCGCAUCAUGACCGAGAAGCUGCACAACCAGGUGAACGGCACUGAGUGGUCCUGGAGGAACCUGAACACGCUGUGCUGGGCCAUCGGUUCCAUCAGCGGGGCCAUGCACGAGGAGGACGAGAAGCGCUUCCUGGUCACCGUCAUCAAGGACCUGCUGGGUCUCUGUGAGCAGAAGCGGGGCAAGGACAACAAGGCCAUCAUCGCCUCCAACAUCAUGUACAUUGUGGGCCAGUACCCGCGCUUCCUCCGAGCCCACUGGAAGUUCCUCAAGACAGUCGUCAACAAGCUCUUUGAAUUCAUGCACGAGACCCAUGACGGCGUGCAGGACAUGGCUUGUGACACCUUCAUCAAAAUCGCCCAGAAGUGCCGUAGGCAUUUUGUCCAGGUUCAGGUGGGCGAGGUAAUGCCCUUCAUCGACGAGAUCUUAAACAACAUUAAUACCAUCAUCUGCGACCUGCAGCCACAACAGGUGCACACAUUCUACGAGGCGGUGGGCUACAUGAUCGGAGCCCAGACAGACCAAGCUGUGCAGGAGCACCUCAUUGAGAAAUACAUGCUGCUCCCUAACCAGGUGUGGGACAGCAUCAUCCAGCAGGCCACCAAGAACGUGGACAUCCUGAAGGAUGCGGAGACGGUGCGUCAGCUGGGUAGCAUCCUGAAGACCAAUGUGCGGGCCUGCAAGGCUGUGGGCCACCCCUUCGUAGUGCAGCUGGGACGCAUCUACCUGGACAUGCUGAACGUUUACAAGUGUCUGAGUGAGAACAUCUCCUCGGCCAUCCAGACCAACGGAGAGAUGGUGACAAAGCAGCCCUUGAUCCGGAGUAUGAGGACAGUGAAGAGAGAGACCCUCAAGCUUAUCUCUGGCUGGGUCAGCCGCUCCAACGACCCGCAAAUGGUUGGAGAGAACUUUGUCCCUCCCCUGCUUGAGGCAGUGCUGAUCGACUACCAACGCAACGUUCCUGCCGCCAGAGAACCCGAAGUGCUCAGCACCAUGGCGACCAUCGUCAACAAACUGGGUGGACACAUCACCGGGGAAAUCCCCAAGAUCUUUGAUGCAGUCUUCGAGUGCACUUUGAACAUGAUCAACAAAGACUUUGAGGAAUACCCUGAGCAUAGGACCCAUUUUUUCUACCUCCUCCAAGCGGUUAAUUCGCAAUGCUUCCCGGCCUUCCUGUCCAUUCCCCCAGCCCAGUUCAAGCUGGUCCUGGACUCCAUCAUCUGGGCAUUCAAACACACCAUGAGGAACGUCGCAGACACUGGUCUGCAGAUUCUCUACACACUGCUGCAGAACGUGGCCCAAGAAGAGGCUGCAGCGCAGAGCUUCUACCAGACAUACUUCUGUGACAUCCUUCAGCACAUCUUCUCUGUGGUCACAGAUACCUCGCACACAGCUGGUCUCACCAUGCAUGCCUCCAUUCUCGCAUACAUGUUUAACCUGGUGGAGGAGGGUAAAAUCAGCACGGCCCUCAACCCAGCUAGCCAAAACAACCAGGGCUACGUUCAGGAGUACGUGGCCAACCUGCUCAAAACAGCCUUCCCCCAUCUACAAGAUGCUCAGGUGAAGGUGUUUGUAACAGGCCUGUUCAGCUUGAACCAGGACAUCCCUGCCUUCAAGGAGCACCUGAGGGACUUCCUUGUGCAAAUCAAGGAGUUUGCCGGUGAGGACACCACAGACUUGUUUCUGGAGGAGCGGGAGACAUCACUGCGGCAGGCCCAGGAGGAGAAACACAAGCUGCAAAUGUCCGUCCCCGGCAUUCUGAAUCCCCAUGAGCUCCCUGAGGAAAUGUGCGACUGAGCACAUAAGAACAAACACACCCAAGAACAUGUACAGUUUUUGAAGAAGGAAAAAAAAAAAUGCUGGGAGCUCCUCUUGUCAAUUGUGUGUGUGUGUGUGUGCGUGUGCGUGUGUGUGUGUCAGUCAUUGUGAGGAGGAAGAUGCGGCGGCAGGAGGUGCUCUCAGCACUCGGUUGUUUGUCGACCAAAUCAAUGCCAAUAUGUAAAUGAGAAUUGCGCCUCCGAUCCGGGCUACUUCCCUUUUUUUGGAUAUGGAUGCGUUUUAUACAGUUGUUUGUGAAAUAAUACAGUUUCUCCUUUUCCCUUGCUAUUUCCAGCUUUAUGGUAUUGGUCAUCCUUUCAGUUUAGAUGUGCAUGAAGGUGAAAGAAAUGAUUAUUUUUAACCGCCUCUCUUCCUAUUCCCCCACACCCCAAUACAUUUGUUUAUAUGUAAGAUAGGCUGAAAGUGCACUCACAAAGGUUACUUUAAAUGCUGUAGUGUCUGAAAAUGCUUCAGUAGGAAAAUGUGUGUUUUUCUGAGGAGCUGUGUGGCCUGCAGAUGAAUGUGACAAAGGUCGUAAAUGCUGCUUCCUUUGUUUUUGUUUUGUCAUCAGUUUUGCGUUUGAGUCCGGACUUGUGUUUUGCACCCAAAACUGACUGCUCUGAAAUUUGGAUGAGAAUGUUCAAUCAAAGAGAGGUUCUGUGCAUAUCAUCCAUUUUGUAAAGCUGUCUUAGUACAAUGGGAAUAUAAAGUUGGUUAUUUUUACAAAA